AUGAUCCGUGGAUUGAAGAGCAAGUUUGCCAAGUCAAACAGCAGCACCAACGUCGCGGCGGGGAGUGGGGCGCAAGGAGCGUCUGUCAUCAAUACAUCGAAGGUUGGAAAUGCAGACACAAGUGCCGCAGCCGCUGUGCCGGACGAGGGCGAAGCUGUCGAGCCGAAGAGGACCGGUUCAUCCUCCUCGAAAGCCAUAGUGGCAGCUGAAGAUCCUGCAGGGAACGGUUGGGCUUACGAGGAUGUCUGGAGCUAUGUUGACUCCAUGGGAGUGACAAAAAUUCCCGGAGAGGAGCAUAUCCUUCGCUUCCUCGCAGACUGCCUUCACGCCUCGCCGCUUCCGGCCCCGUGGGCAGUUCACAAAGACGGCGAGGGCCGGGUCUUCUACGGAAACUCAUCUACUGGCGAGACCGCCUGGGAACACCCCCUGGAGGAGAUCAUCCGUGAGCUCGCUGGCGUUUGCCGUGUUUGUGUCACUCUGUCGCGACCCAUGCGGGAACGAUCAAUUGUCGACCUACGGGAAGCUUGGGAGGCACAAGCGAAGGAAGAGUUUGCUUUGUGGUACAGCGUGAAAGACAGUACCACAGGCAAGGAUUACUUCUGCAACUCCCAAACCGGCCAGACGAUGUGGGAGCAUCCGGCAGAAGUGCUUCUGCCCGGCCACUUCCUGAAGCUCCGCGCCGCGGACAGGCUCAUAGAUGACGAGUAUCUCCAGGAUCUUGCAACCAUGGGCAGUACGUUGAACGAGGGCUCUGGACAAACCUGGAACUCCAUGAAGCGGACGUUGGAAUCUGGGAUUUCCACUCGGGCAUCCAACGACGUGAAGGACGACGCUCAUCAAGCCAUGAAGGAAGAGCUGGCCUCCACAGCCACGGAGCUGCGAGCGGCCCGCGAAGAUGCUGCGAAGGUGAGGGCGCAGUUCGAAGCGCUCAAGGAGCGCUUCGAAGAAGCGAAGAGGAAUGCAGAGAAUGAGGAAAUGCUCCGGUCCAAAGCGGAGGCCAGACUUGAGCAAGAGCAGCAGAAGCUGGAGGGUGUGCAGAAGGAUUUUGAUAUCCUCAAGGACAAGUUUGACCAAGCUCAGAGGAGCGCGCAGGACGUGGAGUUAAAGCACUCGCAAGCAGAGGCCAAGCUUCAAGAGGAGCAGCAGAAACUCCAAAGUGCUAUAGCAGAGUGCGAAGCCCUGAAGCAGCAGCAACAGGCGUCCAACGAAAGCAGCGCGGAUGCACAAGCGACCAUCAAGCAGGAGCUGGCUUCCACAACGGAGCAGCUGCAGGCUGCGAAAGACACGGUGGCCGAAGCACAGAGGAAUGCGCAAGAGGUCGAAGCGAAGCGGUCGCAAGUACAGGUGCAGCUUGAGACUGAGCAACAGCGGCUUCAAAGUGCAAUUGCUGAAUGCGAGGCUUGGAAGCAGCAGGCCAUGGCCAGCAAAGACGGCUCAGAGGAGGGCAUGAAGCAGUUGGAACAGUUCUUAAGUGCCAAACUUGAGCAAGAGCAGCAGAAGCUGGAGGGCGUGCAGAAGGAUUUUGAUAUCCUCAAGGACAAGUUUGACCAAGCUCAGAGGAGCGCGCAGGACGCGGAGCUCAAGCACUCGCAAGCAGAGGUCAAGCUUCAAGAGGAGCAGCAGAAACUCCAAAGUGCUAUAGCAGAGUGCGAAGCCCUGAAGCAGCAGCAACAGGCGUCCAACGAAAGCAGCGCGGAUGCACAAGCGACCAUCAAGCAGGAGCUGGCUUCCACAACGGAGCAGCUGCAGGCUGCGAAAGACACGGUGGCCGAAGCACAGAGGAAUGCGCAAGAGGUCGAAGCGAAGCGGUCGCAAGUACAGGUGCAGCUUGAGACUGAGCAACAGCGGCUUCAAAGUGCAAUUGCCGAAUGCGAGGCUUGGAAGCAGCAGGCCAAUGCCAGCAAAGACGGCUCAGAGCAGGGUAUGAAGCAGCUGGAACAGUUCUUCAGUGCCAAACUUGAGCAAGAGCAGCAGAAGCUGGAGGGCGUGCAGAAGGAUUUUGAUAUCCUCAAGGACAAGUUUGACCAAGCUCAGAGGAGCGCGCAGGACGCGGAGCUCAAGCACUCGCAAGCAGAGGCCAAGCUUCAAGAGGAGCAGCAGAAACUCCAAAGCGCCAUAGCAGAGUGCGAAGCCCUGAAGCAGCAGCAACAGGCGUCCAACGAAAGCAGCGCGGAUGCACAAGCGACCAUCAAGCAGGAGCUGGCUGCUACAAUGGCGCAGUUGCAGGCCGCGAAAGACAUGUUGGCCGAAGCACAGAGGAAUGCGCAAGAGGUCGAAGUGAAGCGGUCGCAAGUACAGGUGCAGCUUGAGACUGAGCAACAGCGGCUUCAAAGUGCAAUUAGCGAAUGCGAGGCUUGGAAGCAGCAGGCGAAGGUCCAGGAAUCCCAGUCCAGACUUGAUGCAGCAGAAAGUGAACGUCGCGCUGUCGUUCAGACUGUCGUUUCUGAGGAUGCCACUCAUGCGGACCAGGCCUUGCGCAGGCAAAUCGAGUCUGCUCGGCAGGUGGAGCUGCAGCUCGAGAGCCGAGCAAGCGCUGCCAAGGCUUCGCUGGAGGAAGAGCACCGCCGUGUGGAGCAGCUGAAGUUGGAGUACACAAAUCUCUUGCAGGGUCAGCAGGACACCGUUCAAGCAUCUCAGAAACACCUGGAGAGCAAGCUCGAGGAGCUGGGUUACCAGAUGCGCGAGAUGCGCUCGACAUGGGAGUCCGGACGCGUCACGUCGAAUCAGGACGACCUUGCCAAGCAGUUGGCGCAGGUUUCGGCUGUCAACGCGAAGCUCGAGACUGCUGUGGUGGAGCUGCAGCUCGAGAGCCGAGCAAGCGCUGCCAAGGCUUCGCUGGAGGAAGAGCGCCGCCGUGUGGAGCAGCUGAAGUUAGAGUACACAAAGCUCUUGCAGCGUCAGCAGGACACCGUUCAAGCAUCUCAGAGACACGUGGAGAGCAAGCUCGAGGAGCUGGGUUACCAGAUGCGUGAGAUGCGCUCGACAUUGGAGUCCGGACGCGUCACGUCGAAUCAGGACGACCUUGCCAAGCAGUUGGCGCAGGUUUCGGCUGUCAACGCGAAGCUCGAGACUGCUGUGGCAAAGGAGGCCAAGAGCCUGGGAUCCGCCAGGCCAGCACCCAUUCCUUUGAAGGCAGCACCAUCUGAGGAUGUGCGGCCGGCCAAGUCGCCCAAGCGUUCCGCAAUGCAGGAAGCCGUCCUGCUCAAGCGAGGCAGAGAGCCGCGGGUCCGGGAGUUCGACGGAAAGAUGUGGGCUCGAACGGAUGACGCGGUGUUAACAGGGCAGAGAGUCCGACACUUGAUGCUGGAAAGCCUGGCAGCGCGUCAGCAAACACGGAUGUACAAAGAGAUGAUCCAGGAAUUCGAUGCGAGUGAGGUGGGUCAGAAGGCAAAGCUUUCAAGUGCCAAGGCUGCCUUGCAGUCCCUCAACAGCUCACUGCGUGGCCAGGUUGAGCAAGCACGGCGAGAGCUUGAGCAACUGGAGAAGGCCAGGCAGGCAGGCCCUGUGCCGCAGACCUGA